UGAAAUAUACCCAGGGCAUGUUGGCAGCCCAUAGCGUUUGAUAGGUAGCAAAUAGUGCCCAUAUAUUGCCAGGUUAAGUCAUGCCCAAGAAGAAGACCGGUGCACGCAAGAAAGCUGAUAAAAUGAGGGAACGACAGCGGGCCAUCCAGUCGGGAGGGAUCGAGGGACGGAGUUUGAUCGACUUUCCGUGCAACGCACUCAUGACAUGCGACAAGUGCCAGAGACUGCAGAAAAACAGGGCGUUUUGUUACUUCUGUGAUUCAUCACAGAAGCUGCCUAUGUGCGGCCAUUGCGGGAAAACUAAAUGUCAACAGAAAUCGGGUGACUGUAUCGUCAAACACCCAAAUAAGUUUACAGUUGGCAUGGAGAUGGUGGGGGCAAUAUGUGAUCACUGUGAGGCGUGGAUAUGUCAUGGUAAGAAGUGUUUAGAGUCACAUGGGUGUGCCUGUCCCUGUAUUGAUAGCCAGUGUUAUGAGUGUAAACGGACGCUGUGGGAACAUGGUGGCAGGUUGUUUAUUUGCAGUUAUUGUCGGUAUCAUAUCUGCGAGGACGAUCAGAUGGAACACCAGGCAUCGUGCCAGGUUCUUGAUAGCGAGAAUUACAAGUGUGGCAGCUGCAAUAAAGUCGGACAGUUCUCUUGUCUUAGGUGCAAAAUCUGCUUUUGUGACGAUCAUGUCAGACGGAAAGGUGCUAAGGCCGAGAGGAACGUUGCUACGAAAUGUCCAAAAUGUCAGUUUGAAUUACGGGAGACGAAAGACCUGAGUAUGUCUGCACGGAAGUACGAGUUUGGACGUCAGGGUCAGGUGUAUGAUACUGAGGAUGACGGCGGUGGUUUUUAUCAGAACCACGACUUUGGUGGUGGUGGUGGGUUUAGUUUUGGAGGGGUUAAGGCAGAGAGAUGUGAGACGAGUGAGAGUGAGGAAUAUGUGAGCAGUGGGGAGGAGGAGGAGCUGGAGACUGGGGUGGAGAAACUCAGUGUCAGCUAACUUUUGUGGUUUAGUUUUAGAUUUUGAUAAUUUAUUAUGGGGGAACGUCAAUUUUCAGAUAAAUCC